CAGCGCAGCCCGGCUCGGCGGCGCCGGCCGCUCCCGCUCCCCCGUCCUGGGCUCUUUGUCGGCGCGAGCUGGCGGGGGUCGGCAGCGCCAUGUCCUCCCCCAAGAACGGCUUCUACCGGCAGGAGAUCACCAAGACCCUCUGGGAAGUGCGGGACCGCUACCGGGACCUGCAACCGGUGGGGUCCGGCGCCUACGGAGCCGUGUGCUCAGCUGUCGAUGGAAGAAGUGGUACCAAAGUGGCCAUUAAGAAAUUGUACCGCCCGUUUCAGUCUGAACUCUUUGCCAAACGAGCUUACCGAGAGCUGCGACUCCUGAAACACAUGAAGCAUGAAAACGUCAUUGGAAUUUUGGAUGUGUUCACACCAGAUGUAACACUGGAGAAGUUUAAUGACUUCUACCUCGUCAUGCCAUUUAUGGGAACAGACUUGAGUAAGAUAAUGAAGCAUGAGAAAUUAACUGAAGAUCGAAUCCAGUUCCUGGUAUAUCAGAUGUUGAAAGGCUUAAAGUAUAUUCAUUCAUCAGGCAUAAUUCACAGGGAUCUAAAGCCUGGAAACUUGGCAGUAAAUGAAGACUGUGAAUUGAAGAUCCUGGAUUUUGGACUGGCAAGGCAUACAGACAGUGAGAUGACCGGCUAUGUGGUUACAAGAUGGUACAGAGCCCCAGAGGUCAUUCUUAACUGGAUGCAUUAUACUCAGACAGUUGACAUCUGGUCUGUGGGCUGUAUAAUGGCUGAGAUGAUAACAGGGAGACCUCUGUUCAAGGGAAAUGAUCAUCUGGACCAACUCACAGAAAUAAUGAAAAUAACAGGUACACCAACGCAAGAUUUUGUUCAAAAAUUGCACAGUCAAGAUGCAAAAAAUUAUAUCAAAAGCCUCCCGAAAGUCCAGAAGAAAGAUUUUGCAUCCAUCUUGAAGUAUGCGAAUCCUUUGGCUGUAAACCUUUUGGAGAAGAUGCUGGUGCUGGAUGCAGAGAAGCGAGUCACAGCAGCUGAGGCUUUGGUGCAUCCUUACUUUGAACCAAUUCACGAUCCUGAGGAAGAAAUUGAAGCUGAGAAAUACGACGACACGUUUGAUAACAUGGAUCUUCCACUAGAUGAGUGGAAGCGCAUUACAUAUAAAGAGAUACUGAACUUCAAGCCACCACAGACAUUGGACUCAAAGGAGACAGCAGUGUAAUGGCUCAGUAUUUUCAGAACUCUGAGGAAGGCAGAAAAGUUGUAAAUGUUUGUGGCAUUUCAGGUGUAUAAAACUCCUUAUAAAUAAGCUCUAUGUAAUCUGUUUCAUCUGCACUGUAACAAUGUCCUUUAGUCUGCAUGUGGAAGUUGGUGCCUUUGGGCAUAGCAUUUCAAAAAUAUCCAGAAACUUAUUUCUGCCUACAAACUUCUUCCUUCUGCGCAAAAGGACUCAGACUGCAAUAACCUGGUGCCAUCCUCAAAAGAGCAGGAUUAAUUCUUUAACUCAGAGAUCUGAAGAGUGCAAGUUACCACCCCAGGCAAGCUGAGAACACAGUAUGUCUGAUGUGCUGUGACCGCUCUCCAAGGCCACUGAACCGUCUUAAAUGCAAGAAGUAUUCAUGUGACUUCCUGUGGAAUAUUUGACUUUGCUGAGAUGCCUGGGAAGGCUAAUCGUCUCCUGUUACCUCAGGGACUGCAGUGGGUAGCAGAGUGAGUGAGUGCCUGCAUCCUCUGUCCUGUAUAAAUGGAAGAGAACCUCAGAAGUGUUGUUGUCCUAGAUUUUUUUCAAAGUGGCCAGCAUAGCAGGACAAGAUUUCAUAAACUUGCUAGGUGAACAGUCACUGGAUAUAUAAUCACUGUAUAAUAUUUUUCCCUAAAUACAGUGCAUUUUCUUUGUAUAGUAGACUAGGGAUCAAGGAUUUACAGGGAGAAAUUCUUCAGAUUUUCUAAAAUUUUUGUAAGCUCUCCAACAUCUUAGUAUUGAAGUUAUCUCAGACAAUCAGCAGUGCUGAUUUUAAAAAUAAAGCUGCAUUUGGGUCACUUUAUAGGAAAUGAAAUGAGGACCAAAAUGAUAGACUUCCUCUUCAUCGGGAAUACCUGCAGCAACCUGGUGGUUUUUUUGCAGCGUACAAAGCUGUUACCAGGCGAAGAAUAAUACUGAUUUUUUACUGAUCUCAACUCAUCUUGCUUGGGAAAACAUUCAGACCUUUUGUGGAGAGGUACUUGAGCAAAAGGAGUCAGCUUCCUGAUGGGAUAGAUUGGUUAGAUGCUUCCUGAGUUCCUCUCAUUGUCCUGUUACUGUAUUUUCCUGGGUGCUUUGUUUGUAAGGGUCUCUGAAAGGUGGGAAAAAGAACUGGCAAACCUUUGGGAAGAAUUUCUGUGUGAAAUUGCUUGUCUUUCUUAAAAGUAGUAUCUUUACAGUUGACUGUUUGGAUGUGGGUUAUUCCCAAUGUAAUACACUGUGGUGUGUUACUACUGGGUGAAAUGAAUGUGAAAGAAGACAUUUGAUCCUAGCAGGUAGUAACUGGGAAAAAGAAGAAAUUACUUGGGGUUUUUUUUUGCUUUAAUAUCCAAUAUAAACCAUAAGUUUAAUAAAGGCACAGUUACUCUGUUUCUUUCAAUGAAUGUUUGAAUUAAACACAUCUGUAAAUACU